AUGUCUGACGAUGACGAACUAUUCGCAAUACCUGGACUUGCUUGGAGGCUUCUGGGUUACAAUGUGGUGAAGCAAGAGCCAGAUCCCUCACCUGGAGAGCCUCCAUCACCUACUGAUGACAUUGUGGACAAGGAUGCAGACACUGAGCCCAGUAUCAAUGGUGAGGUUCCAGAAGAAGAAGAAGAAGAAGAAGAAGACAAGAUUCCAACAGAUCCAAAUCAUCAGAAGACAGCUUUGGAAAUGCUUAUGGAAGGAGUUUCUGACUGGCCUUCAGUUCCUGAGCCUUUGAAGGUGGAGACCAACAAGGAUGAGAUCACUGACUCCCAGGAGAAGAACAAGGAGAAGAGGAAGGAACAUGUGAAGCCCAGUAGCAAGAGAAAGGUGACUGAGCCUGCAGAGGAGCCUCCAUGGCAUAAGAAGACAAAACCUGCAGAGCCAUCAGGAGGCCCAAAAGCUCCACUACCACCACCAAAUGUACCACCCCCUAUGUCACCUCCAAAGGGACCUUCACUUAAGGAACCUGCAGCUCAUGGACCUGCACCAAAGACCAAGGUCACAGAUCCAGGACACAGAUCAGGCGGAAUCAACAAAGCAGUAGUGCUUGCCCGUGCCUACAACAUUGGAGAUCACCAAGAAUGCCAAAGGUUGAUUGGAGCGUUCAUGAAGGGCAAGGAGUUCAAGAAUGUCUAUGAGAUCCAUGAUUCUGUGAUGAGAGCUGAGGGUAAGGAUAAGUACAGGAGGUACUACUGA